UUUUUCCACUCUUUUUUUUUUUUUCUUUUGUGUGUGUGUGCGUUCCUUUUGGUCAAGCAACUAUUUAAAAAGAAAUUAUCAUGUCUGAUCAACCUACCACUCAAUUCUCUUAUCGAUCUCAAAAGGAAUUGACCAUCUGGAGUGGUUAUCCUGAUUAUAAGCCCAUCAAAGGAUUUGAAAAACCUGAAACCACAACAAGAAUCUUCAAGUAUAGCAAAUAUGGUCAUGUCUAUGCCUAUGCCACCAGUGAAGGAGCCAAGGUUUUCGAAGCUUCUACUUUAAAACAACUUUGUGAUAUUAAGCGUGCCAAUCUUCUUGAUCUCUGGCUUUCUCCUCAAGGUAGUUAUAUGGCCACUUGGGAACGAUUCACCAAACUUGAAGAUGGAUCUGGUGCCAAAAAUCUUUGUAUUUGGGAUACUGCAACUGGUGACCAAAUUGCUUCUUUUACUCAAAAAGCACAAAACAAUUGGAACUUCCAAUGGACUGAUGAUGAAAAAUAUUGCGCUCGAAUGGUAUCUGGUGAAGUUCAAUUUUGGGAAAGCCGAAGUGUUGGCAAAGCUGUUUGGGCACGUCUGCAAUUAGAAGGUGUAAGCUAUUUCUCCCUUAGUCCUGGUAAGGCACCUGCUGUAGCUGUGUUCAUUCCUGAAAAGAAGGGUUGUCCUGCUGUUGUCCGAAUGUAUAGUAUUCCUUCUUUCAACAAUCCUGUUUCCAAUAAAACUUUCUUCAAGGCUGAUAAUGUACAAAUGUUUUGGAAUGAUCUUGGAACCAACCUUUUGGUAUUGACUCAAACUGAAGUGGAUAAGACUGGAAGAUCAUACUAUGGUGAAACCAAUCUCUACUACCUCGCUGUUGCUGGAAACUUUGAUUGUCGUGUACCUCUGGAUAAAGAAGGACCUGUACAUGAUGUGACUUGGGGUCCUGAUUCGAAAGAAUUUGCUGUUGUAUAUGGAUCUAUGCCUUCAAAAGCAACUUUGUUUGAUCAUCGUGCCAAUCCAAUCCAUAACUUUGGUAUCAGUCCUCGCAAUUUUGUCCGUUUCAAUCCUCAAGGUCGAACUAUUUGUAUUGCUGGUUUUGGUAAUUUGAAUGGUACUAUUGAUUUAUGGGAUCGCAAGUCACUUAAAAAAGUCAAUACAUUCUCUGCCCCCAAUGCUUCUCACUGUGAAUGGUCUCCUUGUGGUCGAUAUCUCAUGACAGCAACACUCACUCCUCGUUUACGUGUGGAUAAUGGAUUCAAAAUGUGGCAUCAUACUGGCACACUAAUCUAUGAAGAGGCUGUUGAUGAACUCUUCCAAGUGGGCUGGCGUCCUGAACCUGCAUCGAAAUACCCUGUCAUGCGUAACAUCUCUCCUGCUCCUGCACCUAUCAAAGUCUUACCGUCCAAUAAACCCGCUGUCACAAGUACAGCUCCCACUGGUGCUUAUCGUCCUCCUCAUAUGCGUGGUGGUGCUGCUCCUACUUCUCUUGCUGAUCGUGAAGCCAUGUUGAGCCGUGGUCAAUCUCCUGUUGGUUCUAAUAGACGUCAAGUUCCCGGUGCUGUACCAAAACAACAAACCAAAAAUGCCAAUGGACGAUCUCAACAAGCCAAUAAUAACAACAAACCAUCGCCUUCCAUUGCCGCCUUAUCACCAGAAGAAAAACAAAAAAAGAUUCGAAAUUUGGAGAAGAAAUUACGUCAAAUCAAUGAUCUGAAAGAGAAACAAGCAAAGGGAGAUUCUCUUGAACCAGCUCAGGUGCAAAAACUGGCAUCAGAAUCAACAGUAUUACGGGAUCUUGCUGCACUCAAAUAGAUUUAUACAUAACCUAUUGGAUCAAGAAGAAAAAAAAAACAAAAGCAUAUUAGAUAGCAUAUUGGCAUGUGUGUGUGUGUGAAUAGUCAUAUAGUCUUCUUAUUUUUUUUUUUCUCUUUUAUUUUACCUUUUUUUUUCAUUAUUUGUAUGAUAUCUAUUUUCUUUUGUUGUUUUUAUAUGCAUUGGAAAUAAAUAAAUAAAAGCAUGUUCUUUUUAUUAUUGAGCGUAUCUUUAUCUACAGUCUAUUUUCUAUCCCAUAGUCCAUUCGAUUCUUCAUCAUUGUUAUAUCUGAUAUCAUCAUCCAUGAAACAGAUUGUCAUCUAUAAAUGGCUUUUUCAUUCUUAAUACAAAAGACGAUGAUGAUGAUGAUUUGA